AUGCAAGAUCUCACUUCGUGGGGCAUCAAGGAUCACGAGGAAGAUAGCUCUGAGAAGUCUCCUAUGGAUGCCUCCCUGUCUCUGGUGGUUUUCCAUGGGGUCCCAGGCAGCCAUGAGUCCCCAGGGGGGCCAGAGAAGAAGACAGGCAGUGGUGUUACGGUGGAGCUACAGCAGCCUAAGCACCCCGCAUUUGCCGGGCGGAAGUGGGCAUCCGGCCAGGACGGGUUGUACCAGCUCUAUGCUCGAGACCUCAAGUGCACCUCCAAGGCCCAGUGUAUCUGGUGCCUGCUCCACGCACCAGGCUUCCAGUGCAUCUCCCCACCUCCAGCGACGUUCUCCGGUCCGGAGCCUGCAACGACUGUCCCCGGUCCGGAGCCUACAGCGACGGUCCCCGGUCUGGAGCCUCCAGCGAUGGUCCCCGGUCAAGAGCUUGCAGCGACGAUCUACGGCCCGGAUGUCCAGUCGACGAUCCCAGCACUGGAGGCACCACCGAAGUGGGGGGAGCCUAAAGCCGAGUGGGGUCUGCGUCCCGCACCGGAGCCCCGACCGGAGCCCCCCACCGAGAAUGAGCCAGGGAGUCAGGGUGCACCGAGGCCUGGACCAGGCAGCCUGGCAGGGCCCUCACUCCAGGUGAAGAGGGCUGCCUUCGAUACUGUGAACCAUCAGAUCCUCCUCUCCACCCUCUCCGAGUUGGGCAUCUCCGGCGCGGCCCACGCUUGGAUUGCGUCCUACCUGACAGGUCGCUCCUACCAGGUGGUGAAUCGCAUCUCUGCAUGUCUGGCAGACAUAUCAGUGUGGAUGACGGAUCACCACCUCAAGCUGAACCUCGGCAAGACGGAGCUGCUCUUCCUCCCGGGGAAGGACUGCCCGUUCCAUGAUCUCGCCAUCACGGUUGACAACUCCAUUGUGUCCUCCUCCCAGAGCGCUAAGAACCUUGGUGUGAUCCUGGACAACACCCUGUCGUUCUCAACCAACAUCAAGGCAGUGGCCCGUUCCUGUAGGUUCAUGCUCUACAACAUCCGCAGAGUACGACCCUGCCUCACACAGGAAGCGGCGCAGGUCCUAAUCCAGGCACUUGUCAUCUCCCGUCUGGAUUACUGCAACUCGCUGUUGGCUGGGCUCCCUGCCUGUGCCAUUAAACCCCUACAACUCAUCCAGAAUGCCGCAGCCCGUCUGGUGUUCAACCUUCCCAAGUUCUCUCACGUCACCCCGCUCCUCCGUUCUCUCCACUGGCUUCCAGUUGAAGCUCGCAUCCGCUACAAGACCAUGGUGCUUGCCUACGGAGCUGUGAGGGGAACGGCACCUCAGUACCUCCAGGCUCUGAUCAGGCCCUACACCCAAACAAGGGCACUGCGUUCAUCCACCUCUGGCCUGCUCGCCUCCCUACCACUGAGGAAGUACAGCUCCCGCUCAGCCCAGUCAAAACUGUUCGCUGCUCUGGCCCCCCAAUGGUGGAACAAACUCCCUCACGACGCCAGGACAGCGGAGUCAAUCACCACCUUCCGGAGACACCUGAAACCCCACCUCUUUAAGGAAUACCUAGGAUAG